UAUGAAUGCGUUCUUUGAUGGUUACGUGCAUUUGAAGACCACGUUGAAGCAAUUUGUAGAACAGUACAAACGAGCACUGCGAUGUAAGGUAGAGAAAGAGUUCCAAAGUAAUUUCAAAUCUUUUUUGCAAAUGGUCCCAUGUGCAGCGCAAUACGAAAUUGAGCUACAAUUUCAGUCAGUUUAUACCAUUGCAAAAUUCAGGGAAGCUCAGGAUGAGUUCACAGGGAAGGUUUACUGUGAUGUCAUAUCUACUUUGGAGGGAGAUAUGUUGAUGACAAAUGAGGUGCACGAGGAUGUUAUGCAUGAGGGGCGACGAAGGAAAAAAACAUUCUUCGUCUCAUUUGAGAGAGAGAACUGUGACAUCGUUUGUAGUUGCCAUUUGUUCGAGUUUAGGGGAAUUCUUUGUCGCCAUUCGAUUGCAGUUCUUAUUCGUUGCGAUGUCACAUCCUUUCCAAAGAGGUACAUACUGCGGAGAUGGAGAAGAGACGUUAGUCGGGCACACACCAGAGUCGCCGUGAAUUAUGAUGGUUUGAUCAGCUCUCCUGGGCAAUUGAGAUAUGAUGAACUGUGUCAUGAGUUUGCAAAAUUGGCUGACCUUGCUACAGACGAUGAAAGGCAAUCGCGUGUGAUACUAGAUUGGAUAAAACUUCAGUGCAAAGAUCUUUUGAUGUUGAAAACAUCGCACAGUGGAAGCAAUGCGAUCACACAUCAUACUAUUCAAGUAGCCGAUCAGUGUACCGACUCCCAGAACGAUGCCAGCGUGAGCAUAAAAGAUAUGAAAUCGUCGCGUAGAAAGGGAGUGCCCAAAAAACUGAGGAAAAAAGGUCCGCUAGAGUCAAGUUCGAAGAACACAAAGACAGCAUCAAGCAAAGGAAGGAGACCUACUGGACGACAUAUUGGUACGCAAGAGAGCGCUGUCCACGUUCAUGAAGCUCAACAGCAAAACUACUCAAUGCAGCCUCCGCCUCCUUGCCUACAAUAUUCGAUGCCAUCAACAUUUCCCGUGUCACAGUAUACUUUUGCUACACCAUUCUCGCAUUCAGGGGUAUUACCAAUGUCAAAUUACAUCGCACCAUCGUCAUCAAAUAUUAUGCAUAAUUCGCAAGGUAAGCUCGCACCAUUAAUUAAUUAA